CUUUGUAAAAAAAAAGUAAAACGACAGAUAAGAAAUUCUGACAUAACCUCUCAAAUCAAUUUUUACCCAAAAAUUUCCAAAAAACAAUCGUAUUUGUGACAAAAAUGGCAUCUUUGAAAGUUUAUUCGUUAGGGAGACUCGCAAGAUACGUUACCGAAUCCACCGUGAAGACGAUGAGAGGCAGUAUUUACAGAACCACAGCCCUCUCGUACAGCACAGAAGAGAAGACAGCAGAGAAUGAUUCCAGCGACAAGCUGCCGGGCACGGUGGAGGAGUGCCACAAGCAGAUCGAGGCGCUCACCGCUGACGUGGCUUCGUUGAAGGACCAAGUCAAAGACCUUGAGGAUAAAUACAAGCGCGCGUUAGCGGACGGAGAGAACGUCCGCCGGAGAAUGGUGAAGCAGGUGGAGGACGCGAAAUCCUUCGCGAUACAGAGCUUCUGCAAGGACCUGCUCGAUGUGGCAGACACACUAUCAGCGGCUGCAGAAAGCGUCCCAGAGAGCGCUUCGGACGGCGACGCGGCUUUGCGUUCAUUGCGAGACGGAGUCAAGCUGACACGAGCACAGCUCACACAGGUGUUCGCGAGGCACGGGUUAGUGGCGGUGUCUCCUCUAAGGGAGAAAUUCGACCCCAACAUACAUGAAGCUUUAUUCCAGCAGGAAGUGGAGGGAGCCGAACCCGGCACCGUGGUGGCCGUCAGCAAGGUCGGCUACAAGCUGAACGAGCGCUGCGUGCGCCCCGCGCUCGUCGGCGUCGCUAAAGGACCCUCGUCAUAAUGCACGCCCACAAACUUGCGACUUGUCGCUGCGAUUAGUCGUUGCGAUUAGUCGCAAACUCCGUAGCAAAGAAGGUGCGACUUGUCGCGUACAGCAAUUAAGGUGCGACUAGUCGCUGCCAUUAGUCGUUGCGAUUAAUCGCAAGUUCCUCGUCGAGCUUGCCGCAGCAACUGAGGUGCGACUGCGACUUGUUGCUGCGACAAAAACGCGGCGUUUGCGAUUAGUUGCAGUGACUAGUCGCACCUCUUUUUCGUAACUCGUAGUGCUUGUCGCCGCAAAGGAGGUGCGACUUGUCACUGCGAUUAGUCGCAAGCAUCGCGAUCUUGUCGCAGGCGCAAAUGUUGUGUUAUGUCUCUGUCUCUUUCACGCUUAUGGCGUGCGUAAGAGACGGUUGUCACUCAUAAUAAACUGUCUUACGGGACAUUUUCAGGGCCCAAAGUUGUCCUAUAUCACAAUAAAAUAGGUAAAAAUAGUAAACAAAACAAAACUCUUAAAAACGCGUAGGUAACUAAUCGCUCCGAUUUGUCGCAAACGUCUGCGACAAGUCGCAGCGAUUAGUCGGUAGGAAGUAGCGGUCUAAACCCCGGUAAUGUACUUCAAUAGAUAAGAGUGAAAAUUAUAUUUUUCAAAUGCUUUAAAUUAAAAACUGAAUUUCUUAUAAAUUCAUAAAUAUUGGAAACGAUACAAAACAAUACAAAAAAGUUGCGUGCAAUAAAAAUAUUAUGUUUUAUAUACAGUCGGCUGCAUAUAAAUGUUCAUAUUUAUAAAAAAGAUUGAUCCUUAUCCCUUUGUAAUAAAGAUUAAUUUUCAAGUCAAUUGUGUAAACAUUUCUGUGCCCGACUGUAUUUGCCGGGAAAUUUCCAGUAUUUAUCCAAAGAAUUGUAUGAACUUGCGUCUCGCUCGUUUACUUGCAAAAGAGUGAGAGGCAAUAUUGUAUUCAUUAAUAUUUAUAUGCGCAGAUGUUAAUAAUUAUAAGGCACACGUCUUUAAAAAUAAAAAAUGGCUCAAUUAUGAAUUAAAAACAUUUCAAAAAACUAUAUUUUAUCAAGAAAAACUUGUAAAAAUUCAAGAAAUAUUUUUCACUGCAUUACGAGACUCGAAAAAGCGUACAUUUUUUUGUUGUUAACUUCUUUACUGUAUAUUUUUGCAUUUAAAGAGUAGUAAAUAUGUAUGUGUUGUCGAAAUAGAUUUUUAAAUUGAAUUAUGCCAGUAAAAUAGAGGGGAGAUUUAUUUCUUACUUAAAUUCUAUGUUUCUUAGCAUUAUUUUGACUCGCUAUAAUUUUCUUCCUUACUAUACAUUAAGGUGACCACACACAGCUAGCAUUCGAAUGUAACAUAAUAACGUACGAAUCGACUUGGCCGUUUGACAUAAAGUCCGGGUCUCUAGUUCUAUCCCUGGGACAAACUUGGCCUUCACUGGUUGGGUUUUAAUUGGUGGUCAAGAUGUAAAUCCUGGCUACACAAGAGUUGCAGCAGUGGGAACGAAAGGUGGAAAUAGUCCCGUUAGUUCGUUCCCCAUUCACUGCGUGGCAUUCUCAACAUUAUAAUAAGCUUACUUGGAAACAGGGAUAUUUAUUUAAAUAUUACUCAUGAAUGCUUUAGUGUGUGGCCACCUUAACUUCACUAGAUUUCAAUUCUCCCUCAUAUUAUAUUGUGUUUCGAAUAGUUUCGAUGUAGGCCAUCGCUUCUCAAACUUAAGGCCAAUGCAAUUUUUAACCGACUUCAAAAAAUAAAAAUAGUUAUGAAUUUUGCAAAGUAUAUUAAGAGACCUACAUUCUUUCUUAACGUACUUUGUAAAUGGUAUACUUAUACGAGAAAACUAAGUUUUUGUACGACUAGAUUUCAAGUAUAACACUGACUGACUGACUGAUCUAUUUUGCUAUAUUUAUAUUGAAGAAGCUAUUUUGCAAAAUGCAAACUGCGAUGUGUAAGCAAGUAUACAUAAUUUUAGUGUCAAUAGAGGAAAUUCAGCUCUAUUUCUUUAUGGAUAUGAUCCACCAAAAUCGUCUAAUGUAUAGAAUUUGACUGUAAAAUCCAACUUUCAUUCUCUCAAAAUUAUUAUUAUUCGUGCAAUAUAAUGUUGCUUUCUUUACAAAACUUCCUCGGUUUUGAUUUCGUAAGAUUUCACCCCGUUACGGACAAAUCUAGGGGGUCAUAUCACCAAUUAAUAUUACACUAGCGGCCGUAGAAACUUCCAAACCCCGUUUUACCCCCUUAGGGGUGGAGUUUCGUAAAAUCCCUUCUUAUUGAGCACCUACGUUCUAAAAGGAACCCCCAUCCAAAAUUUGAGAGUCUUAGCACUUGUAGUUUCUGAGAUUUCGUAAUGAGUGAGUCAGUCAGACCUUUUGCUUUUUUUUAAAUAGUCUUCAGUUUAAAAGCCCACAGUUUUGGGGGCACUUUAAAAAGGUUGAGAAGCGAUGACCAUUAAAAUGAGCAAUUGCGUUGUGUGCGUGAUUCCGUAUUUAAUUUUAUAGUUUUAGAACUUCCAAUGUGUAUGUAUGAGUGAACGGUGGUAGUCGUUGGUUAUAAAUAAAUGGAUUUUAUUGUUGAA